AUGUCGGCGUCCGCUCGAAUCGUCCCCAGGGCCUCGGUCCUGCGCGCCUCGAGACUCCCUCAGCGCCUCGCCCAGCGACCCUUCCACUCAUACGACCACCCGCCGCCUCCCGGUACUUUUGGCGAUGCCGAAAAGGCCAUUCUCUCUGCUGCGUACAAACACAUUCCCGAGUAUGGCUUCUCCCAAAAGACCCUCGGACUCGGCGCUCGAGACGCGGGUUAUCUCGACAUCAGUGCCACUGUCAUCCCCGACGGUGCCUUUGGCCUGAUCCGAUAUCACCUUGCUACACAGCGCGAGGCUCUGGCAGCCCGCAGCAAGGAGCUUUUCCCAGAAAACGAUCAGUCUGGAAUUGCGACGAAGGUGGAAGCUUUGACAUGGGAGCGACUCAUGGGCAACAAGGAGGUCUUGGAUCGUUGGCAAGAGGCCCUGGCCAUCAUGGCUCAGCCAAGCUACGUCCCCGCCUCCCUCAAGGAGCUUGCCAAGCUCUCGGACGAGAUCUGGUUCCUGUCUGGCGACAAGGCCGUCGACCCCUCAUGGUACUCGAAGCGCGCGAGCCUCUCCAUGAUUUACAGCACGAGCGAGUUAUUCAUGACCAACGACCGAUCCCCCGACUUCAUCGAGACGAGGCAAUUCCUCCAGCGAAGGCUAGGCGAGGUCAAGUCACUCGGCAGCCUCGUCGGGUCCUUUGGCCAGUGGGCUGGCUUCACAUUCAACGCGGGCGUCAACGUGCUAAGGAGCAAGGGAGUCCGCAUCUAG